AUGCUGGCAGCACGUCUUGUUCGCCCUAGCCUGUCCUGCCCUUCCCUCGUUGCCCGUACCUUCGCUACUUCGAGCGCUGCUUUCAGAUCUCCGUCCAUCAGAGACAUCACCCCAGACAAUGCUGCUACAUUCAAUGCGCGUCAGAAGGAGUUCCGUGAGAACCUUGAGGCUGCACGGAAGAAGAAACUAGAGCAAGAGAGUCAGUCGGUUGAUGAUUUUGUUUCUUCUUCCCCUUCUUCUGCCACUUCUAGCCCUUCCUCCUCUCCCACCGCUCCAGGUGCGAGCGAUGCGAGCGGAUCUACCCUACGUCCCGUUGUUGAUGCUGCCGAUCGUUUAGAUGGCCAGGCAUUGGGCUCACUGUCUACUCACCGGAUUUUAGGAGAAAAGCGUCAGGCAGAACUCAAUAGCCAGGGUUCAAAGCGAGGCCCGCUGUCCAGCCUCAUCUACGGAACCAAAGAGGGACAGCAGCUCGACAGGGACAUCGAGAGAUCGUUCUCCGAAGUACUUGCUCGUGGCAAAUAUGUUCACUCGAUUGUGUUCCACAAAGUCAAACCAGACAAGGUCGACGAAUACGUGAAAUUGGUCGGCGAAUGGUAUCCCAAGAUGGCAACUCUUGAGGCCAAUCGCGUCAACCUUGUUGGAAGUUGGCGUACGCAAGUGGGUGAUAACGAUACAUUUGUUCACAUCUGGGAGUACCAGCGCUACACUGGAUACCACGCAUCUCUCCACAAUAUUUCCAAGCACCCUGAUUUCGUCAAAUUCGACCGCCAGCUCAAGUCUCUCAUUGACCAUAAGAACACCUCUUUGAUGCAGGAAUUCUCGUUCUGGCCCACGACCCCUCCUCGUCGCCUUGGUGGGAUUUUCGAGCUUCGGUCGUAUACACUGCACCCGGGAAACCUUUUGGAAUGGGAGAGCCACUGGCGUAAGGGAUUAGCAGCGAGACGCGUGGUGAUGGAAGGCGUUGGCGCGUGGUUUGUGCAGAUCGGAGACCUGAACACCGUCCACCACCUCUGGCAGUUUGCAGAUCUUGAGGAACGCAAGAAGAGACGUGAGGAGUCCUGGAACAUCGAGGGCUGGGCAGACACUGUGCAUAAGACGGUGCCGCUCAUCCAGACGAUGAAGAGCCGGAUUCUGAUCCCAAUGCCAUGGAGCCCGGUUGGCUAG